AGCUGGUUGCAGAGGCGGUGGCUCUCCCCGCCCCACGACCCAGGCGCAGCCGGGCGGGCUGGGGAGCCCCAGCCUGAGCUGCGGCUGCUGUGAGAGCGCAAGAGGGACACGGAACACUCAGACUGCGCUCUUGGGCCGGCCCGGUCCGGCCUAAGGGCUAGCAUCCGCCGCGGGAGGGAGGCGGCUCCAGAGGCAGAGCCCAGCCCGGGAGGAGCCAGAAUGGCAAGGCGUACUUCGGGAGGGAAAACGAGAACCAUGUGGAGUCAAAAGAAGCUUUGCUAGGAACCUCCGGGGACGCGCCGUGUCACUGAGGGUGUCUCGGCGUGUGCUUGUCCCCGGCUCCCUGCGUGGCCCCCAUGGACCCGAGACUGACUCACAGCAGUGGCGGCGGGGACUUUCCCAAGGGGCUUAUGACCGUCAGAUGUUCCUUGGGCACCGGGCCCACGAUGCAGCCCUAUGGAAGCUGUCCUGAGUGGAAUUGGCCCUAGUCUUUACCAAGAAUCCUUAGGAUAUCAGGGUCUCGGCCUUGGGUCUACUCCCCAAGUUCUAUCUAGGUGACUCUUAGGAGUUCAUCUAGUUCCGAUUUCCCCUUCCCCCAUCCCUAUCUUUAUGGAAGAACUUUCCCUGAGACUCCGACACAUCGCCACUUCCCCUCGAUCCUCCUGGUUCCGCCCCCUCCUUCCUUCUUCCCCUCCUCCCCUCACUCCCCCCCCGCCCCCAGACCACGAAUUGCUGGGCUCCGGGGAAAGUGAACUCUCUGCUAGGUUUGUCGCACUCCAGGAGGAUAUUUGGGCUCAAAGCUACAGCCGCCCCCUCGGGGAAAACUAAGGAGUCCGACGCCUGGAACAAGAGCAAGGGCCUGAGCUAGAGCCGGAGGAGAACCCAAGGCUAAAAGGCCGCAACCUCGGAGAUAAGCGGGGCGGCCCGGUGCGGAUACCGAGCAUUCCAGGGUCGCGAUAAGACACAAGUGGACUCCCCGUGGGGGCGGAGCCAUCAUCACCAUGGAGAUGCACUCAGAUUUAGCUGAGAGAUUGCGGACUGAAAAGAGAACAGCGACUCUGUUUCCUCACCCUCUCACCCCCUACCCCCACCCCGGGAAAUCCUCAUAUAGGAGGCAGAUUCAGCUCGGAAUAUGCAGCUUGAAAGCUCUGCUGAUCCUAGAGGGUUUCUCGUAGUCGGUCUCUGGAGCUGGCUCCUGCCUAGGUACUCUGGGAACCAGAGAAUGGCCUUCUGCAUCCGGAGAGGGAGAUAAGAAUCUCUCCUUGUCUUAAUGGGCAUUUCCCAGUGGCGCCUUCUAAUGCAUUAUGCCUGGAGCUGGAUAUGCUGUGUGGCAGGUGCUCUGGCCAGUCCCUUAGGUUAUACACGCGUCCACAGUCUGAGCUUUCACAACCCCAUGGCCUCAAGUGGCUGCUGAGUCUCAUCUGGCUUUUGGUGGGGGGUGGGGUGAGGGACAACACCUCACCCCACCUGCCAUGGGCAGCCCUUAUGAAGAUUACCUGAAUCCUAACAAGGUGUUUGAACACUACAACUUCACCAAGGAGACUCCUGUACCCCCAGACACGCCAUCCCGCCAGGCAGCCUCAGCUUUCAUCGUCCUGCUGUGCUGUGCCAUCAUCCUGGAGAACCUGCUUGUAUUGGCUGCUGUUGCUCGGAAUAGCAAGUUUCAUUCAGCCAUGUACUUGUUCCUGGGCAACUUGGCAGCCUCUGAUCUGCUGGCUGGUGUAGCUUUCAUUGCUAAUACCCUGCUGUCUGGCCCCCGAACGCUGCAGCUGACCCCUGUGCUCUGGUUUAUCCGAGAGGGCUCAGCCUUCAUCACACUUUCUGCCUCAGUCUUCAGCCUGCUGGCCAUCGCCAUUGAGCGGCAUGUAGCUAUUGCAAAAGUGAAGGUAUACGGUAGCGACAAGAGCUGCCGGAUGCUGCUGCUGAUCGGGGCCUGCUGGGUCAUCUCUCUGGCCCUUGGAGGUCUGCCCAUCCUGGGUUGGAACUGUCUUGGUCACCUGGAUGCCUGCUCCACAGUGCUGCCACUCUAUGCCAAGUCCUAUGUCCUUUUUGUGGUGACUGUCUUCACUGCCAUCUUGCUGGCUAUAGUUGCCCUCUAUGUGCGCAUCUACUGUGUAGUGCGUUCUAGCCACGCAGAGCUGGCUGGACCACAUACCCUGGCACUGCUGAAGACAGUGACCAUCGUGUUGGGUGUCUUCAUCGUUUGCUGGCUGCCAGCCUUCAUUGUACUGCUGUUGGACACCUCCUGCCCUGUGCGUGCCUGCCCUGUGCUCUACAAAGCCCACUACUUCUUUGCCUUUGCUACAUUCAACUCAUUGCUCAAUCCUGUCAUCUACACAUGGCGCAGCAGAGACCUUCGGCGGGAGGUGCUUCGGCCCCUGUGCUGUUGGGGGCCUCGAACCCGGCAGGGUCAUGGAGGGACCCCAGGGCGUUGCCUCCUGCCCCUUCGAAGCUCAAGCUCCCUGGAACGUGGCACACAGAUGCCCACAUCACCUACAUUCAUGGAGGGAAACACAGUGGUGUGAAGGGUGUGUGUGUAUGUGUGUGAGACUGUAGCUUGAGAAGGAGGUGCUAAAGGGCACAUUGGUAACCGGAAGGGGGGAUGAUUCUUUGGGGCAAGGUCAGAGCCCACAAUCUCUGGAAAGUUGUGAAUGAGAGGUGGGACAAACUGCUCUUUCCCAAAGAGUCUGAUAUAAGAUUAGAGAGGUUUGAGGGGCCAACAUUGUCACCACUGCCCCUGUAGACACCUCAUCUUUUCCAUCACCGUCCUCCUUACUUGUUCCUUCCCUUGUGUACAUAUCCAAUGCCUUUAAUUUCCACCUUUCCCUUCCAGUUUCUAAAGGGUUCAGGGACUCUUCCCUCUCUGUCCUUCCAACUGUACAAGUCCACAGCUUCCCCAAAUCUUGACAGCUGACGGUUACAUCUCCUUCCCUUCCUCACCCCACCACAUGCUGGGAAAUCACAAGAUGGGAAGGGGGAGGGCUGCCAAGUGCCAUUCUUGGUCUUCUGUGGCUAUGUACGCUGUUGUGGGGGUAGAGAAUAAAGGGAAAAGACACUGAGGUCCCAAAGACUUGACUUGGAAGAAGAUUGGGGGAACAGGGAGGAGGCCAAUCUAUUGAAGCCCUCCUUCCAGGAGCCAGGUUCCCCUGUAGGUCUUUUCUUGUCACCUCUCCCCCCUACUCGUUAGACCAGUUUGGGGAGUAGGGGAGUACUCCUGACAUCCCAGAUUAGGGGUGAAAAAAAGCUGAGGUUAGCUCUUGUGGGAAUUAUAUACUGCUCUCACCAUGGACCCCAAGCUCAGUCCUCCUUUCCCCCUCCCAGCUUUCCUCCCCAUUUAUCCAUCCUUUGCCAGCCCCCACAAAGUAUCAUAUCCCGUAGAACAUGUGAGACCUCUAACCCUAGCAGACUGGCUAUUACCCAGUUCAAAUUAGACUGAAUGGGAGUUAGAAGAAUGAACAGAAGCCCUGGGGCUGCUCCCCCUCCCCACCCCCUAACUCUACAGAAAAGGCCUGGAACCCUGUGGAUGAAAGGGAAUCAAACGGUACAAAUGAGCAUGUAUAUUUAUGUCUGUGAGAGUGUGCAUGCUUCUGUGUGUGUAUAUGUGUGUCUCCAUUCCCUCAACUCUCUUUUGUUUUUCCUCAGUGACUUGUAGUUUGAAUAUUCCACAUUUUUGUUUCUCUGGUCUUUGUUGAAGUAACCCAAGGGGAGGGGGAACAGUUCUCUCCUUCCGGUCCUAAUGCUUCUUGUGGAAUGACAAGGAAGUCAUUCCCAUUGGGGGUGGGGUGGGGGAGGGAUCUCACACGCCGCCUAUUGUCCACUAAUCGGGCAAAAAAAGGUCUUAAUAGGACUCUUGAGAGGAGACUUUUUGCCAAAGACAACUGCAAUGAAGAUAAAAAGAGGAGAGAGGAACAGACUCCAUAUUCUGUCUGUCUUUUUGGGAAAUCCCAUAUGCCUCUCUCUUCCCUCAGCCUCUGACCUUGGGCUGAUUAAACGGUUCAGUUUGACUUCU